UUACAUGGAAGAUUGUUGUGAAAAAAAGUAAAAAGACUUCAUUAACGUCAUAAUAAGUUUUUAAGAGAUAUAAAAGUUGUCAAAUUAAAAUUAUAUUACCAUGGCUGUUCGAACGUACGGCGAUAAGCCCGUCAGUUUUCAAGUAGAAGAAAAUGGAGAAUAUUACUUUAUUGGCUCAGAGGUCGGCAACUACUUGCGUCUCUUCAGGGGCUCUCUGUAUAAGAAGUACCCUGGUAUGGUCAGGCGCAAUUUGACAAAUGAAGAACGUAAACGAUUAGUCGAUGCUGGUCUCACACAGCAUGUUUUGGCAUCAUCAGUAUCUUUAUUAAGGGCUUCUGAAGUUGAAGACAUUAUUGAAGGAAAUGACGACAAAUACAAAGCAGUAUCAGUGCAUACAUCUGAGCCCCCUGCUCCUCGAGAGAGUAAAUCUAAAAAAGCUGCCCCUUGGGUACCGUCUUUGCCAAAUUCAAGUCACUUAGAUGCUGUACCCCAAGCAACACCUAUAAACAGGAAUAGAGUUAACACCAAAAAGAUUCGAACAUUUCCUUUAUGUUUUGAUGAUCUGGACCCCUCAGUAAAUAUAGAAAAUGCUUCACAAUCAGAAGUUCUUGUUCCAAUCCGUUUGGACAUGGAAUUGGAAGGUCAAAAGCUCAGGGAUACAUUCACAUGGAACAAACACGAGAGCAUAAUAACUCCAGAACAAUUUGCUGAAGUACUGUGUGAUGAUUUAGAUUUGAAUCCUUUAACGUUUGUUCCUGCAGUAUCUGCAGCUAUUCGACAACAAGUUGAAGCUUUUCCAAACGAUUCAACAAUUUUAGAAGAAGGUUCUGAUCAACGUGUUGUUAUUAAACUUAAUAUACAUGUUGGAAAUACUUCAUUAGUUGAUCAAGUUGAAUGGGACAUGUCUGAGAAGGAAAACAAUCCAGAAGACUUUGCUAUGAAAUUAUGUGCCGAACUAGGAUUAGGAGGAGAAUUUGUUACAGCUAUUUCAUAUAGUGUAAGGGGACAACUUUCUUGGCAUCAAAGGACUUAUGCUUUUAGCGAAGCACCCCUUCCACUGGUAGAGGUGCCGUUCCGGCCUCCUAGUGAAGCUGAUUCAUGGGCUCCAUUUUUGGAAACUCUAACAGAUGCAGAAAUGGAAAAGAAGAUUCGAGACCAGGACAGAAAUACCAGACGAAUGAGAAGAUUGGCAAAUACUACACCUGGAUGGUAGAUGGAAGAUUAAUGUAAUAAUAAUUUUAAUGGUUUAUUUUUAAUGAUUG